AUGAUUCUGUUGGCGGACCGAACAGAUUCUGUCAAGGUUGCGGCCAUUCGCACCUUGACACAGUUAUUAGAGAUGGUCCAAGUCGUAUCUCCUGUAAAUGCCUACCUUUUCCCAGAGUACAUCUUCCCUCGUCUUCAGCAUUUCGUCAUCUCUUCAAAAAGCAACCCGAGUGCAAUGGUCCGGGCUGCCUAUGCCUCUUGUAUUGCUUCGUUAGCGCACUCCUCACUGAGAUUCCUAGAUAUGAUCCAGGCUUUGCGUUCAGAUGCCCGCUUAACAACGAUGCUUCCCGUGGGCUUUGAGCCACGGUGGACAGAAGAUGCUACGUAUCACAAUCUCUAUGAUGUUGCUCGAGUUGAUCUUCUGGAAUACUUCGAAGUUCAUACCAAGGCGCUCUUGACUGAUACCGAUGCAUCUGUUCGCCGAGCCUUCUUGGGAUCUGUAUCCAGACUCUGCGUGUUCUUCGGGAAUCUGAAGGCCAAUGAGGUUAUACUCAGUCACCUGAAUACAUACCUCAAUGAUCGAGAUUGGAUUCUAAAAUGCGCUUUCUUCGAAACCGUGGUCGGCGUUGCUGCAUACGUGGGAAGCACAAGCGUGGAGCAGUACAUCUUGCCCCUGAUGAUACCAUCAAUGACCGAGCCUGAGGAAUUUGUGGUGGAAAGGGUGAUUCGAUGCCUAGCGGCUAUGGCGGAUUUCGGGCUGUUCCAGAGAUCUACCACGUGGGAUCUGCUCCAUAUCACUAUCGGGUUUUUAGCUCACCCUAGUGUCUGGAUUCGGGAGGCGACGGUGGAUCUCGUGGUUAAAUCAACCAAGUUCUUAUCUAUGGCUGACAUUUACUCCAUUCUAACACCUCUCAUUCGGCCUUUCCUCAGGGUCAAAAUCGUGGGGUUUUCGAAAGUUGAAGUUCUCAGUGCACUUAAACGACCCAUGUCGAAGAGUCUCUACGACCUGGCUUUUCUUUGGGCUGAAGAAAGCUACCAGGCAGAGAAAAAACCCCUAGAAAGCAACCAGCCAGAAAAAGGGAUCUUCUGGCCAUCUGCAGAUCGUGACGGUGCAUUCAGCCUGUCCGAACCCGGUAUACACCAUUUGAGGCCCGGGCGCUCUUUCUCUCUUGGUUCUCAGUUGAAAAAUGAGAAAGAUGAGCAGUGGCUAGUCAGGAUGCGAAAUAUGGGCAUGGGCAUGGGCUCCGAUGAUGAGGUCAAACUUGUUGCCCUCAAGGGUUAUAUCUGGAGAUUGACGCUAAGGAAAGGAGUAAAAGAUAAAAGCCCUCGCCCCACUCCGCCGUCGAACAACAUCAUCAGUUUGAGUGAGAAAGAAAUUACACCUCAAAAUGUUUUCUUUAAUGACAGGCCGCAAAACAUCUCCCGAGAUCAAAACGAAAGCCACAAGCCAGCUGGGUUGAAACCAAGAACAAUUGCUGAUGCGUUACUCGACGCUUCUACCACCAUCGAGCGGGGAUCAAAUCCUCAUCUCAAUCAUCUUCGGUCAAGAAGUCAGAUUCACAGAGAGACAGAACUGACACGAUUGGGUCGCGCUGGGGAUAUAGGCGUGGACUCUUCUUCGUCUUCCCCGGCAGCUUCAUCCCCUGCAGCUGGUCCUAGCUCUCGACCAUUGUCUCCACCGGUCUCAGAUGGCCAUAAUACUGAUCGACGGCUCAGUUCUGGCCAUGAAAGCUCUUCAACAACGCCCACCAAUACUGACAACCUGUCACUGAAAGGUGGACUUGACAGAGUCCAAAGAAAAUCAAGUGCAAUAAAUCUUCUCGGUCGCAAUGACACCACAAAGGCAUUCGCAGAAACAAGUACAAGUGCCGCGAAUGCAUUUGGUAAAGUGGAUGCCCCAGUUCAAAGAGCAGGUACACCUCAAUCAUCGGCACUCACCCAGGCCUACGAACGAAAACCGGCUUCAGCAACAGCAGCAGCAGCAGCAACGACAACACGUCGGUAUCGUGGCAAUCACUCAUAUGCAGGUGAUGACCCAGUCGUUCUACGAUUGCUGGACAAUGUUUUUGCGGAGAAUUAUCCAACCGACCUAUUUGAUAUGGGACCAUUCGUCAAAGAGCUAGACUCACGACAGCCAAUCCGCAAGGCUAACACACAUGAUCCCAAUAAGAUCUGGAGGCCUGAGGGUAAUCUUGUCGCGACUUUCGGCGAACAUAGCGGGCCAGUGAAUCGAAUUUCCGUACCCCCUGACCACUCUUUCUUCGUCACCGCAUCCGAUGACAGCACAGUCAAAAUUUGGGACACGACUCGUCUUGAGAGAAAUUUGACGCCUCGGUCGCGCCAGACUCAUCGCCAUGCAGCCGGAGCACGAGUGAAGGCAUUGACUUUUGUUGAAGAUACCUAUACAUUCGUAAGCGGAGCCACUGAUGGCAGCAUCCAUGCCGUCCGGGUAGAUUACCAAAAGGUCAACGAAAACGCUCGGUACGGCAAGCUUCAACUCGUCCGUGAGUACCAUUUGCCUGUUACUGUCAAUGGAGCACCUGAGUAUGCCGUCUGGAUGGAACACUUCCGAGAUGAAGGCCAGUCAACCCUCCUUAUUGCCACCAACACAUGUCGAAUUCUCGCGCUGGACAUGAAGACCAUGCUGCCCAUUUUCACAUUGGAAAACCCUGUUCAUCACGGAACCCCAACUACAUUCUGCUGCGAUCGCCGACACACAUGGCUUCUUGUCGGUACAACGCAUGGAGUGUUGGAUUUGUGGGACCUGAGAUUUCGAGUACGGGUCAAAGCCUGGGGUCUCCCAGGCUGGGGCUCGAUCCAACGAAUCUAUUUACAUCCCACGAAGCCACGUGGACGUUGGGUCUGUGUUUCUAGCAGUGGCAGCCACGGAAAUGAAAUUACGGUGUGGGAUAUUGAGAAAUUCCGCUGCCGUGAGGUUUACCAGGCGACACCGCUGAACAAUAAAGAGGAGUCCUCCAAUGGAAACCAUCGUGGCUCCCGAGGUGUCAAUAACAGAUUGCACCGUGCUACUGCCCGAGACUUUGAGGCAUGGCCUGUCGACGAAGACCGACCAGAAGGAAUGCUUACUCGCUUUGCUACUGCCACUCCCGCGGCGGGAGGGUUGCCCACGGGCGAAAUUGGCUCAGCUUCACCACCCAAUGCGCCCUCUGGUGAUCGUCUCGGGACCUGGGCGUUUACAGUGGGUUUGAAUGCCCCUGGUGACGACAAAACUUCUAAUCGGUGCGGAUUCAUUGUCUCUGCGGGGUCUGACAGAAAAAUCCGAUUCUGGGACCUUGCGCAUCCGGAGCUGUCGACGAUUGUCAGUGGAUCGGAGAUGACACCAGAUGGAACUAUUGCUGACAAGCCUAACUACGACAUCUCACAACCUGGCCCGAACUUGACAGUCGUUUCCGAGCAAUUUCCCAGUCCUUCUGGCAACGGAAAUAAUACCCCAGCGAAGGGGUCUAAAAAGGGAACAAAUGCUCGACCUCCCCGCAGCACGGUCAUCAGCCUUCAGCAGCAAAUGUUGCUCAAGAGCCACCUGGAUAUUAUUCAGGAUGUGGUCGUGCUGCGACAGCCUUACGGGAUGAUAGUGAGUGUUGACCGGGCGGGAAUGGUCUACAUCUUCCGGUAG